CUGAAUUUGAACAGUAGCUGCUGUUAACCAUCCAUCCACCUCUUGCACCUGGCAAUACACCUGCCGUUACCGACAACACUUGCACGAGACCUCCGGGCUUCACUAACGCUGUAAAGAUGAAGAUUGAGAACAGCCUGCCCCGCCCCCAGCUCCCCGAGACCCCUCCCCAGACGGGCCUCCAGUUCACCGUGGCGACAGAGGAGGACUUUGAAGAGAUCAUGGCGAUGAGCCAGGACAUCUAUGGAGGGCUGGACUACCUGCCGACCCGCUACACCGCCUGGCUGUCCGAGUCCAACCGCACGGUCAUACUGGCCCGCAAGCAGGGCAAAGUGAUUGCCCUGGAGUCAGUGUGUGUUAUAGAUGACGGUGACACCAUGCUGGUGGAGGGGCUACGUGUGGCCCCGCAGGAGAGGGGGAAGGGCGUGGCAGGGGUGCUUCUGCGGUUCUGCUCUCAGCUGGUCAAGUCCAAGUGGCCUGAGGUGAAGGUGACCAGGCUGACCCGCGACGACCAGCUGGGGCCCAAGGACUUUCAAAAGUACCGCCUCAUCACCAAACAGGGCAUCCUGCUAGUUCGCUUCAAUGCCGAAGACCUCAAGCUCCGGCUCUCCGAACUGGGGCUGCAUGUGACCCUCCCUCCCUCCUCUGAGGGUACCUCCCAGGGUUCUGACACCCCCCUGGUUCCCCCGGUCCUUCUGGACCUCAACGAGGCCCACCAAAUGUUCCUCGACUCUGGCCUGAUGUCCAACGUACUCCCUAACGCUACCAUCGUCCAGGACUGGCAGCCAUUCAAGCCCCUACCCAGCAACAUGGCCAUUCUUCUGAAGAAGGACAUCGACUGGAUGGUGGACGACCGCGACGUCCCCGCCGUGGCCAGCCUCUGCACCCACCCCUUCCGGGUGCCUGGAGGUCCUUACCGAGUUGGUGACGACACGUACUACCUCAACAUCGACGUGUUCGGUAAGGACAUAGGCCUGGUGCUCCAGCAGUUCCUGAGUCACCUCCGGCGCCACACAGCCACCCUGAAGGGCUACGUCAUGUGUCAGAUGUUUCUGGAUCCCCCCAUGUGGAAACCCAUGGUCGAAUUCUGUCGCCAGACACUGAAGGUGGAGCUGGUUAAGGAAUAUACAGAGCAGUGCGUGGUCGAGUCGGAUGUCAUGUAGCUGGCAGAAGAGGAAGGAGGAAGAGGAAGAGGAAAAACAAUAUGAAGGAUAAAAUGGGAAAAGUUGACGAAUUCAGAAAAUGUUUCAGAGACCCAACGAAUGAACAAACCACAUUCUCUUUAGAAAAUGAAAUGGGAAAGUUCCCAAAGAAACUCCGGAACGAUUAGCAACAACCUCCCUAAGCAAGUCUAUAGUGAAACAACUUAGAAGCCGCAUUAGAUUUGCAAUAUAUUUGAUAUUAACACUACCGCUAACAAAAAUAUUUUUGGGAAAAAAGGCAGUUAUUCGAAAUACCUUUUGACAAAUUAGUUUCAAUUAAUUUCUCAGUCUUUUACCAUUCAGUCAUCGCAAAAAUCUAACUCUUAACAACAGUAGUAACUUCAUGCUAACGUUACUCCUUUAAUAAAGUAGAAAAUGCAAGCUAGUUUAUGGUAUUUUAUGCCGUUUAACCCUUUUUUUUUGUAAAUAUAAAGUAUAAAUAUGUACACAUUCUGAAUUGCAAAUAAGUCUGCACAACUCUUGAGGCACUUUAUUAAACCAUAUGAGCUGUUGUGCUAAAGUGCGAGUGAUGAAGUGAGGAAGAGAGGAGUUGGUUUACUUUUAGAGAUGACUGAAUUUAACUGAUUUAGAACGCAUCACUCCCAUCCAUAAUCAUGGUAUAAAUCCUUUUGGACUUAUUCUAUCUAACACCAAAUCCCCAAAUACUGUCGAACAAACAAUAACCCUUCAGUGAAUCUUACAGAGCAUUUGCACGCUUAUAAUUCACACUAAAUGGCUGAAACGGAACAGCUAGAAACACACUUAGCUCAUAACACUGAAACCUGGCCAGUUAACUUUUAAAGCAAUUUAGUUGUCUUCGUUGUUUUUUUUAAAACAGUCACUCAGUUGUUUUGUUUUUUUAAGCACGUAACCAUAUUGCUAAUGUAUUGCUACUUUUCCACGCGUACUUGAAUGCGUCAGUAGUACGUAAAUAGGUAAUAUAUUAACAGCAGAAGCUUUCUGGAGGCUGUCGUAUAACAAUGUGCAAUCUAAGCUAACUCUAUAGUAGAUUGCUAACCAUGUGAAAAAAAGGUAGAUGUACUAUACAGUAUUCCGCAAAGACUCAAACAAUUGAACUAAUAUAGUUGAGAUUGACUUAGCAUUAACAACAUUGUUCGGUAGCUAGAGACAUAUUUCAACGGUAAACGUCGCCAUCACAAACAUUAUCUGACAGCCUUUGUAAAGGUUCAAUUCUAGUCCCUCGUGGUUGUUGAAAACAUCAACAUAGAUACUACAGUCACUCUAAGACACUUCAUAUCCACUCUACGAAGCUGCGUAGCCACCCUAAGAAGCUUCAUAAGCUUUGGCACGUGGUAAGAGCUCAGCAAAGCAAAUGGGACACAGUUUGCUCUCAAAGGCCUCAUAACCACUCUACAAAGCUUCAUAGCCACUCUACUAAGCUUUAUAAGCUUUUGGCUCUUUGCUCUUGAACGUUCCCUUUAAGAAGUGAUGCUUUUGACAUGACGUAGCACUGAACGAGCAUACAUUGCAACCCCCAAAUUGAGACUGAAGCCAUCUAAAACCACUACAGAAGAGAGACUGGCCAUUCUAUGGACUCUCCAACCUGCCCUCGUUGUAAAAGGGACCUUGUUGUAAGGGAUGAAUUGGACGGCGGAAUAGAAUAUCUUUUUUUGGGACACUGACCCUUGUCUGGACACCCCAUCUGUCAUCCUCCUGUCUUUCCGAGACGAAAGGUUAAACACACUCACACAUGAUGAACUGAAGGAUUGGACUGGAUCGAUAUCGGACGACGGAUGGACAAGAUGCCUGGAGAAAGUGGAAUGAAGAAUGAAGCAAAUGUCAUACCGGAUUCCAUAUUCGUCAAAGCAAAACAGAAACAACGAAACAAUGCUUUGUAAAGGCUGAUGAUGAUUUUCUCAGUUCUUUGAGAAGCACUUUCUAUUUUUUUCCACCCAUUGAAGAAGCAAAGCUGGACUGACUCCCCUUUUUUUGCUGCAGCAAGUCAUGAGGAAGAGGAAGAUAAAGAUUUUUAGCAACCCGAAUCCAGUGGUGAAGAGUAGUACACAAGCAAUCCCACAUAGAUGUAUUUUUUAACAAGAUUGGCAUUCACAUUCUAGCCCAUUUACAUCUACCCAAUGCAUACACUCCACCCCCACCCGUCUCUAAAGUCUUACCCCUACCCCACAUACGAAACCCCACAUGAACCCCCCCCCCCCCCCCAGACAAAUAAUUUCUGAGAAAUUCUCCAUGAUAUGGGAAGGUCGAGCUUUUCCUCACAAUCAAGAACAACCCCUCUCUCAUUCUCUCGUUCUUCAUGAAUAGAUUCAAGACCAAUUAAAAGCCACUGAGUUUAAAACAUCAUUAUGUAGAUUAUCGUCAACUCUUGGCUGGUCAAAGGUAAGGGGCCCUGGUUGUACUGUCAUAUCCAUGCUGGCCAUCUGGUGUAUGUAAAUGGUCUUGGAGAGCCUGCUUUCCUGCUGCUAGUGUGUGAACAGAGGACCAGAUGAUGAGGGUUUUUACUAUUCAUGAAACUUAAGUAAAAUGUUAUUAACCUGAUAUAAACAUUACUUGGCUUCUUGUUCAGAAAACCUAUUCAGAAAACCGCCGAGUUGCUUGUGGCUCCGUAGGAUACACAAGUGAGUAAUAGUUUUUAGUUGGUGUUGGACGUUCAUGAGUAGAGAUCCGUGUAUUUACGGGAAAGCCAUUGAGAUGGGAGCGGAGGAGCUCAUUUGUCUCUCUGAUAAGACGGAAGAGUGUAUCCCUGUUUGACAUUAGAAAACGAUCCUCUUUUCCCUCCAGUCCAGUUCCACACCCCAUAUCUGUCUUUUUGUCUGCCUGUCGGUCUGUCUGCACAACUGGCAAAUGGGAAGCAGUUCUAUUGUUCCUUCCUGGUCUCCAUAACAACGGAGCUCUCCGUUCUUAAAAGCAUCCGAAGUGACAGUGAGGAGUGUGAUAUAGCUACCUUAUAGUAACACAGUGGCAUGGUAGUGGGACGCUGGUGGACGUUGAGUGGUCUCAGAUAGACCGUGUUGUAUUGUAUACCCAUAAUACCUUGCAAACCAAGACCAUAUGGCUAAAUUGGAUACCACAGCACGGCCCAAGGAUACGACAGGGAGGACGUAUUUGGUUGGAGGGUGAACACGCUAGGUAAACUUACUAUAUCUGAUAUGAUACGCACGCACGCACACGCACACACACACACACACACAUACACGCAUCAAAUCCACACAAAAGGAAAUUGCACCUUCCCAAAAAUACUACCCCUCAGCCCUAUCACGCCCAUGCAAUCUAUUGCCCAAAUGCCCACUUACCCCCGCAACAACAUGCCCUAAUCUAUGUUGUAUCUACUACCACAGAGACAAGGUUGUUGUCAUACAAACUUCCUCAGUGCCCAACAUACCCAUCCAGGAAAGACUGUCUAUACCCAUGUUCUCCAUCUUCACUUAGACUAUACAAACGGUUGUCUGGUGAAUUGGUGGUUUGUCUGUGUCGUCUGGUAUAUUUAUAUAUAUUUGACCUACAGAUAUGUGCACAGUAUUUCAGAGGGAUGUUGGAUUCAGUAGGUAUAUUUUGUCUUGGGACUUAUUUGAUUAUUUGUAAAGGUAUGUUGGGUUGUGUGUUUGAGGGAAAGCUGGAAGGACAAAGUUUGGUAGAGAUCUAAAGAGAUUGGAUUGGUUCUAGACUGCUUCACAAUGAAUUUGUCUCCCAUCAGAUAAUUCCGAUUGAUCAAAAGACUCUAUAGCAGAUAAUCCACUCUGAUCUAUCCUUGUACUCAGAGAUAUUCUCUAGAGAAGUACAAGUCAUCCACUGUUCUGAAACAUUCUAAACAAACUCUCCUCCCUCCCUUGUCCCCCAGAGCACGCAAACACAGCAAAGAGAAUGAAUGGUGUUUAACCAACAGCCUUGGAAAUAGAUACGGUCUAUCUUUUAGGGUUUCCUAAAGCACUGUGUAGUAGUAUGUGACAUGCACUUUACAUGUGAAAGCUACUGUAUGGAUAUGUACUAAACCAAGAAGAGGGUACUUCAUACUCUAACCAUCCCUGAUAGCGCUGAUUUGAUUCUGGUUUUUUUUUAUACAGCGAGGUUACUGUUACUGUGCUACCAUUGAGUCGGAUCUCGGUCUAAUGAUGGUAAAGUAAGCAUUUUGUUCAGCCGAUUCAUUCGCCCUCUGCCGCUGUGAUUCUGUUGGGGAGGGCAGCAGGGCAGCGAAUGAAACGGGGGUCUGUUCAAAAUGAUUGAUGGAGUGUUGGGAAUGGAAUGGAAAGAUGAACGGGAACACUCGAUAGUGUUCUAAUGUUUUCUGUCUCGCUGUCGUCAACGGCGAUGUUAAUCAGCCAUGGUUACAAUCGCCACGGUUACGCAACUCAGAGCAAAGAUAAGAUCUCCGUUGUGAAUGAAUUCUUUCUCGUUAUGAAUCUGAUUAGAUGCUUAAUUUGUUGAUUAAACAUAAUAGUCAUACAUACUCAUUAUUGAUCUCAUUUGAUGGACAAACAGUGCUUUGAUUUACAAUUCUGGUGACUGUUGAUGGCUGGUUAUCAUCUUGCUGUGGGUUUGUGUUCUCCAAUUGUACAAAUUGUUAAUUUUGUCUGAGAUUCUUUAGUUUGUAAAAAUGAUUUUAUCUUCUACUAAUUAUUUUCUCUUAUCUAACCAGUAUUUUUCCACCAUCCCAUUUUUUUUUCAUUUGAAUUCCUCACCCAUGUUCACCUUGUUCUUAAAACCACUCAACAUUUAAUCUCUUUAAAUCUAGAUUUGGUCAUUUUGAAUGCAGAGACGGUUGUUAUUAAAAGCCUGAGCUGUCAGGAAGUAGAUAGGGCAGAGACGUGUUACAGUUGUUAGAAUUUUGUCUGAUAGGGAAGCAUGAAAGGUGCCAUGGGAUGUGUUUCAAACACAGGGAAGAUGUAUUGUCUCGAACCUGUAUUGGUAACAUUGCUUGGUCCCAGAUCUGUAUGCGUUUCAGCCAUCUCCUCUGUCUAUGACAGUCAGAGAAAGUUGAUUAAAACACAUACUGAUCUGGGACCAGUCUAGUGGCUAGUGGUAGCUAUGUUUAGUGGUGGAGAAGGAGAGGGUAAAACGAACCCCUCGUCCCUCGUUUAGGAAAUGGCUUUUCACUUCUUUUUUUUCUUGGCCUGGUCGCAAAGACAGACGAGAGAAGGAGAGAUGGAGGGAGGUCAUAGAGAAUAUGUGGUUGAGGGAAGGAGAGGUCAGGGAGAGCAGGAGGCGAAGGAGGGAUGGUGUGGGGGUUGUGGAAGAGGAGAUUCGAGUAGAGUAACAGGAGUCGCGCUCUCUCUCUUUAUUAUUGCAUCACCACUUUGGUAAUUAAAGGGCGUAAGAGGUUGGAAAAAACAGGGGCGGAUGGUUACAGCAGGAACUGUAGACUCUACUGUACCCCAGGCACCCUGAAAACAUUCCGUGAAGCUUUGUAGCCACACUAAGGUGCUUUAUAACCACUCUAUGAGGUUCCAUACUGUAGAGUCUCAACUUUUACCCACAUGUUUGUGGGUAAAAGUUCAGGCAAAAACGUGGGGUGGUGGGUGGGGGGUGGGGGGACGACGACAGAGAUAGCAACAGAGAGGAAGAGGUGAAUGACAACUGAGGACGAGGCCAGUCAAACUAUUUAUACAUACAUACUACCAUUGAUAUGUAUCCACACUAUGUGUCCUUGUAGACACUUCUGCAUGGCUCUCCAACCUGGUUCCUGAAGAGCUAUCCUCACGUAGGUUUUCGCUCCAACCCCAGUUGUAACUAACCUGAUUCGGCUUAUCAGCCAGUGAUUAGAAUCAGGUGCGCUAUUUUAGGGUUGGGAGUGAAAACCCACAGGACGGUAGCUCUCCAGGAGCAGGUGUACAGCCUGUGUCUCAUUGGCAGUGUUGUGAGUGAUAGGUUGUCUUUUCUGGUCACAAGUUAUUUCGACUGGGUUACAUUUUUCACACAACCAGUGUUGUGUUCACAUCUGCUAUCCAGGGCAACUAGAGAACCAGGAAGUCAAGUGAAAGCGCUAUGCUGUUCUGUAUGCAGUGUGAGGCUGUGUCCGGAAUGACACUAUUCCCUACAUAGUGCACUAGUUUUGACCAGAGCCCUUAUCAAAAGUAGUGCACUAUAUAGGGCAAGGAUGGGCAACUGGUGGCCCAUGGGACGCCUCCUUUUGAUGGCCCUCAGAUCAAUUCAGUUGGGAUCUUAACUUAUUGUUGCAAGAUAGAAUAGUAGAAUACACAAGGUUCUCUGCUCUGCUGGCCAGUAUUUAUCUCCGCUCAUACACAAGUAAUAAAGGGCUAGUGUACUAAUUUGAUGGAGAAAAUGUAUUUUAAUAUAUAAACAUUUAAAUUAGAUUUUUCAUGGGGUGUUGAAGUACUCUCAGCACCCCUACUUCCCGCAGCUAUGCAAACAUUUCUCUCCACCCCAUGGCAAAAUGUGUAGAAUUGCAAAAAAGUGCCUCUAAAAAAUUCUAAACUGUUCUCUCAGCUGUCAAGAGGGGGGCUGCUAAAAUAAUUUGCUACCAAUGUGGUGGGGGGUACGCACAUAUGGGUACGGAGACCCACGAGUAACUGUGGUCCCUCAUGACGAGUUCUGUUUUUUUGUGUCCCCAACCCCAUCAAAGUUGCCCAUCCCUGAUAUAGGGAAUAGGAUGCCAUUUCAGACACACGGUCAGGGUUUCCUUUCAAGACUAAAAUAUUUUGAAUCCCCUAUGGGGAGGUAAGAACCAGCAAGGUUUGUAUUUAUAUAUAUAUAUAGACUAACUCCACAUGGAGAUGGAGUUGAAGGCCCAUCGCCUGCUGAUGGCAGGAUAAAUGAUACAGUAAGGGGCCCUAAACACACACACACACACACACACACACUUUACAUGCGUCGACGUGAACACAGGCAGGAAUGUCUAUUCCUCUCCUGAACUGCUUACUGCUUACCCAGCGACACUGAAGAGGCUCCGCGACAGUUAGCUAGAGUUUCAGCCAGACUUUCUCCCCGUGUGUGUGCGUAAUCUGUCAAUGUGUCGCAGUGUCUGGUUGCACGGGGAGAGAGACAGAGACCCUUUUCAGUCAAACAGGGCAAUGGUCUCCUUACCGAACCACCUGAUCCGCUACUGUCUCAGCGGGUUGUGAAUGGAAAGACUCCUCCUCCGUCCCAAUUGGCACCCUAAUCCCUCUGUAGUACACUGCUUUUGACCAGGGCCCCCAUAGGGCUCUGAUCAAAAGUAGUGCACUAUGUAGGGAAUAUGGUUCCAUUUAGGACAAUGUCUCUGUAAAGAGAGAACAGGAGAAGGGGAAUAAGAGGAGGAGGGGGGGGAGGUUAGGAAAGAGAGAUGUGUAGGGUUUUUCGGACGCUUAUCUGGAGUUUGGAAGGGGAGAAGAGGGAACGGGGGGAGAGGUUAGGAAGGGAGAGAGUUUUUCAGAUGCUUGUCGUGGGUCUUGGAGAGAGCCAGACGGGUACCUACUGUCUACUUUUAUGGCUGUUGGAAGCCGCUGCUGGUGGAUGUGGUUUUGGCUCAAUUGCGUGAAGCUCUGGAUGUUGGAAUGGACUCUGUGUCGAGGGUAUAAUGACAGGAUAAUAGUCAUUAAUGGGUAAAUUAUAGCUAGGCUUGGAAUGGAUUCAGACAGUGCUGCCAUUGAUAUCGAGUAGCCAGGAGUAGCGUAGUUGUACACAGACAUGCACAUGUAAUACACACAUGUAACAUAUGUAAUACACACGUGUAACAUAUGUAAUACACACAUGUAACAUAUGUAAUGCACACAUGUAACAUAUGUAAUACACACACAAGCACAUACUGUAACAUGUCAAAUUGAUCAUAAUCCCAUUUUUCUAUAUUUUCUAAAUGGAUGAAAGCACCUACGCAUAAUGUGUGUUUGAUCAUCGCCCUGUCCUGGGAAAGUGGUUUUUACAUUUGUUUUGUUUUCCUUUGUUUUUUUUUCAUCCCCUUCUUCUUUACGUUUAUUCCUCUUUCUCUGAACCCUGAAAGAGUCUUACAUCUCCUCAUUCAACUCAAGGUUCAUUUAAGACAAAUCGUCAUCUCAGUCAAAGACAGAAAUGCAGGCGUAAGUUUGUGUCAAAAUGUUGUCCAUGCCUGUGAAAAGUAAUUAAGACGAGAAGCACAAAUGAAAGUUUCAUGUUUGCAAAUGAUAAAUUCAACUGAAACAGUCAUUCAAACAAAAAACUUUCAACUGAAACCACAAGCAGAACUAAGAGGUUUCAAGUCUUUUCCUCUUCAUUUCCUUUCCGAGGGGGAGAUAAAAGAAAAUGAUAUAAAGUGACUACUUGACCAUACCGCCCCAUGCCAAUGUCUCUUCAAACUGUGAACAACUACUGUAUUGUGCUUUUGUGCAUUUAUAUGUUAUGACUGUUGAUGAAAAAUACUGUAAGGAACAUGGGAGUGGAAGAAACCCUAGGAAUAGAAACAUGGUGGCCGUUACCAUUGAUUUGAAUGGGGAUGGCCAUUCUAGGUAUUCUAUCUCUAUGGGUGAAACGCAACUGGACCCUCUACCCCAUUUAUCUGUGACCAUGCAUAUAGCCUCUGUGUUGUGAUAACUAAUCGUGCGAACCGUGCUAUGUGCAUGUUAUCCAACCCAAAGUAGCACUGACUCUCUUACACAUGAAAUGCAGUAUGUGCCCUUGUUGCAUACAUUCAUGUGUACAUUGUAAAUAGCCUAAAAAUCUAUCUAUCUGAAAGGAAGUCUGAAUAUGGACUUUUAGAAGAAGACAAGACACACCAUAUUGUAAUUUUGUAUGUUUGAACAGUUUAAAAAGAGGUUUUAGAUGCUAUAUGCACUUUAAGAUUAAAACAAACACGAAAACAGUUUCCGGUUGCGUAUCCAUACCCAAGUUCUGGAAAAAUGUUAAGUGGGAUUGAUUUUUCUGUAACACCAGACCGGGGUGGGGGGAUUUCUGUGUAACACCAGACGUGGUCAUUCAGUGGGGUUUCAUUCAAUUCACUUCAAAGGUCUCAGAGCUUCCUGAUCAAAUGGUCCACCACCACAUUCAUUCCUCAGGUAAUCUUGAGUGAAUACUCUUACUUACUCCCUUUCCUUCUUUCUUUCUUAUUUACAUCCAAAGAUGUAAAGCAAAGAAACAGCAUACUAUGAUAUUAUUCUCCCUAUUAAGUGGAAUAAUCCCACCCGAAUACUGGGGUGUUCUGGGUCCAAAUGUCAGUUAAAGUCAAACCAAAGUCUUCUCAGAUGGUCUCCCAGGCAACACAACACAGCCCCAUCUGUCAAACUAUACUAUUGUUAUAACGUCACAAUCAGAAUUGAUUAUCUAUAAUGUUAAGGUCGAAACACAGCUUCUCUGUAUGACCUACUGUAAAAAAAACGAAAGGAAAAAAAAUCACUGUAAAUGUACAUGUACAGAAAUUGAAUGAUGGCAAUUACUGCUGUGCCUGAAAGUGACUCAACAAUCUCCUUUAUUAGAAAUAAUAAGAGAUAUUUGGAGAUUUCAAGAUUAGAUGUAUCUGGAGACGCCUUUAAAGUUAACAAAUCUGGAUGUCAGAAGGUGAAUUCACCAAUUUGUAAGUCGCUCUGGAUAAGAGCGUCUGCUAAAUGACUUAAAUGUAAAUGUAAACAAAUAGACAGCUUUGGUCAAAGACAUGGCCAUUGCUGUUCAUGAUUGUUUUUGUUUUUCAACAUCAAAAAAAAAUGAAAAGCGGCAAAAUAUUCACACAUACCUUGCCAAACUUUCCCUAUAGGGGGUCCAACUAAAUGACCAAUGUCUGAAUGAACAUACAAAUACAUAUGUUAUGUAGACUUGGGUUACAUGAAAGUGCCAAGACCUUGACCCCUGCUCGGAACCACCAAGGUCAUAAGGUCAAAGGUCAUAGAGCAAAGGUUACGGUGCUGGAGUUUUCAUAUAGCCCUCUCUUCCUUGAUAUGGCUGCAGCUGUCGAGUCUCACCUCGAGUCUCACGAUUAUAUACGGACGCAGAGUAUAGUGUGGAAUAUAUUGUGCGUUGAAGCCUAUAUGCCACUGACUCAACAGUUAUAACAGGUUAUAUAACCUGCAAUCAGGUUAUACUGAUCAAUUCAUGCUAGUAAUUAUAGGAUCCUGAGUGAUAAAAGUCAGGAUAUACUGUACAUUUAUUAGUGUAAUAACUUUACAGUUUAAAGUCAUUUUAGUGAGACUUCUUAUUUGAUUUACAGCUGUGUGUCUGCCGAGGGGUACAUACAAUAAUCAAGCCAAGUUGGUUAUUUGAAAAAAAGGUAUUCCUUUUUUCUCUCUUUUUUUUCUCUUAUUAAUAGUUUUUUUUAUAUACCCAAUUUUCCCUGCUUAUUCUCAAGCGGUGAUUUGGAGAGAAAAAAAACGGAUUGAAAAAAAACGAUUUAGUUUAUUUAUUUAUUAUUAUUAUUGAUUAUUAUUAUUCCGUUUUCAGAAGAGAAAACCAUUUGUGAGACUGACAGAUGCAAAACUAUUUUAAAUACAAUCAUUUAAAAAAAAAAAACUUUACAAUCGACGAGAGGUCUAAUUGAACGUGUUGUUUUUAUCCACCUCGAAUGCAAAAUGUGUGAAUGUUGGGGAGUGACGAUGGGUUUGGCACAGAAACGUGGCUAGGUUUACACUGAGCAAAAUGACGAAGUUCAAACAUACAAGAUAAAUACUUGAGAAACCUCAUAGGACAAUACUUAAGAUAUGCAUUUUGACUUUGUCUAUGGCAGUAUGUUUCUGUAUUGACCAAGUGAUUGAGUUAUGCAUUCUUUUAACACAUUAUUCUUUACUAAGGAGUGAAGCUAGUAUUAUUUGGGGGGUGAGUAUAUGCUUAGAUUAUGGGACACAGAGGUAGAAGUUAAAGUUUAAUGACUUUACACACACACACACACACUCACAAAAUGAUUAUUUUUUUUUCGGUGUAAACCUAGCCAUAUACUUACAUGUAAAACAAUAUAUAUUUUUUAAACGCUGUAUAAUCUUAAAGUGAUGGCUACAAAAGGGGAAGUAGUAUUGACUGGUAACAUUUCUUUCCUUUUUUAAAUUUUUGCUUGCGUUUAUAUAAUAUUGUUGUAGUAGUAGUAGUAAUCUGUGAAGAAAAUUGUGCAUUUCAACAUACCUCCCUUUCUCUCCAUUGUUAGGACAGGUAGUUUAACCAAGGACGUUUUAACAUCUAUAAACAUAUAAACCUUAUUACAUGUAUAAUGCAACAGUAGAUAUUGUGACAUUGUUAAAGACAGCAGUAAAACACAGAGACGUUGUGUAACUGUAGAAACAUUGUGAAGCCAUUCUAACAUUGUGAUGAUAAUAGCAAACUGAAGUCCGGGCUGCUUAUGUGUGUAGUAGUAUUUGAGUAGUAUUUAAGUAGUAUUUGAGUAGUAUAUCUGUAGUGGUAUUUUGUUUCUUAUAGGAUAAGCGAACAAUGCAAGACUAACAGGGAACAGAACAGAAAUGUUAGAAAUGUUCGAGAAUGAAACACAGCACUACAGACUCUGACGUUUUCAGAAGUUCUUUGUUGAUUGUUUCUUUAUGAUUUUUUUGUUCCUUAGUCUCCCCCCCCCCCUCAACUUUCUCUGUUUUGAUAUUUGCCUUUGUUGGGUGUUGUUAGGUAAAAAAGAAAAGAAACACGAAAAGAAAAAAAAAGAGAAAACAACAAGUGCAUGCCAGAAUGUUAGGCUCUUUCUAUAUAUUAAAAGAGCUCACUUUUUGUGUUAGACUGAUAGAUAUUUACAAGGACAAAAAAGAAGAAAAGAAAACAAGAACAAUAAAGG